AUGGGGCACAUUCAACCAAAUGUGGUCAGCUUUGGUCAUGUCAAAAUCAGAAGACGUUUGUAUCUGCGUGGACAAACAGGUGCAUGCAUUUUGGAAAUACAACAUAGAUUUCGAACAUCAUAUUUCGAAGAGCUUAGAGGAUUUGUGUCUGAACAAGCUUUACAAAAAAUCUUAGAAGAGAUGGAUCGGGCAAAAAUUGUUGGACUCGACAUCCAAGCAUGCAGAUGUAUUGUUCGGUUAGUUCAUGGACUUCCUUGUGUACAUGAGAUAUCAUUAUAUGCACACGAAAAAUGGCCAAUUCCUUUAUCUUCUGUUGAUCAUUUUUGGAAAAAACUUGACUUCAAGCCAAGCGAGUUAUUAGAAGAUGAUGGUCUCAACUGUACGAUUGAGAUAGAGCAAAUUGUGGAUCAGUUUCAAAUGAAGCCACGGUCUGGUAAAAUUGGACUAUUGAGAAAGCUACGAGAGAUAAUCAAACCGUCCACUAGCUCACUUUUGGAACCAAAAGUCAUACAAAAUACACGUGGUCGACCCUCAUUGAGGAAGAAGGAUAAAUCGACUCGUAGAGAUCCCUCUGCAUUUGAGUAUGUGGAAGCUUCUUUGAAGACUUCAUAUGUACCUCAUCGUCAUAGUUGUUCAUCAAUUGGCAUUGGAUCAUCAACUAUAUCAAGAAGAGGACGACCAGUUCCAUCACCAAUUUAUGUCAACCAAUUUCCUCUAACAUUGAGAAGAUACGUCGUGAAUGUCAUCGAUGUAACAGCUGACGGUAAUUGUGGGUUCAGAGCUAUUGCUGGCUUGUUAGGUCUUGAAGGAGGUGAAUUUGCUUGGUCUUCUGUUAGACGUGAUUUAAUUGAAGAGGUAAGGACAUUUUGGGAAAAGUACGUAUCUUUGUUUGGCAGUUAUGAGCGGGCAUGCUAUAUUCACAAUGCGCUUGUAUUUUUUGAGACAAAUAAACCAGCACCAAUGGACUGUUGGAUGAAUAUGCCUGAUAUGAGACACCUUAUCGCAUCAAGGUACAACAUCAUCUUGCAUCUCAUAAGCGAUGUACAAUCUUUAACUUUUUUACCAUUGCGAUCCAUCCCACCUCUACAUGCAGAACAUAGGGCCAUCACUAUUGGAUAUGUGAAUGGUAACCACUUUGUUAAGUGGUUUUCAUACAAGUAUGAUUGUGCAACAGCAUGGGCGACACCAUAUAAGAAACAACUCCGUGAUUAUGAGAAACUUGUUCUUUCGAUAAAUAUCUUGCAGAAGAAUGCAAAUAAGAGAACUUGUCUAGCACCAGAGAACUUGUCAAAUGGUAUGAGAUGGCCACCAUCCUUCUCCGAUGUAUCACUAUCAACAGAUGACGUAUAA